AGUUCGACCGUCUGGUGCGCAGUGUCAAUCAGGGCAGCCAACCGCGGCGGCUCAUCUCCGCGAGGUUGUCGGCCCGUAGAUUUCCAAAAUGGUAUCUCGGAUGGUGUCGGUGUAGCGGGUAGAAAACAAUGUAUUGAAUUCAGGAGGUAUUUAUGGAUUAAUAACGACCGCAACGACUUAGAUCCGCGAGCCGCCGACCUGCCCUGACCUGCCCCAGUAGACGUAGGAGCGACUCCGAGCAUGGGCAAGCAGAACAGCAAGCUCAAGCCGGAGGUCCUGGACGACCUCCGCAAGAACACGGAGUUCUCAGAUGCAGAAAUCCAAGAAUGGUACAAAGGCUUUCUAAAAGAUUGUCCAAGUGGUCAUUUAAGCGUAGAAGAGUUCAAGAAAAUUUAUGGUAAUUUCUUUCCAUACGGGGAUGCUUCCAAGUUUGCGGAGCACGUAUUCCGGACGUUCGACGCCAACGGGGACGGGACAAUAGACUUCCGGGAGUUCCUGUGCGCGCUGUCGGUGACCUCCCGGGGCAAGCUGGAGCAGAAGCUGAAGUGGGCGUUCAGCAUGUACGACCUGGACGGGAACGGCUACAUCUCCCGGCAGGAGAUGCUGGAGAUAGUCACGGCGAUCUACAAGAUGGUGGGGUCGGUGAUGAAGAUGCCGGAGGACGAGUCGACGCCGGAGAAGAGAACGGACAAGAUAUUCCGCCAGAUGGACAAGAACAACGACGGCAAGUUGUCGCUGGAGGAGUUCAUCGAGGGAGCGAAGAGUGACCCGUCCAUCGUGCGACUGCUGCAGUGCGAUCCGCAGGCCCAGUGAGCGAUCGCUCCUCCUCGCGAUCGAACUCGCGAUCGAGGACGCUCGGCGGUCGACCGGUGCGGUCCGUCGAGUGCUUCGGAACAGUAUUGGUGUGAUGUGGGAGUGUGUGACCGAUCGCCCUGUUUUCCCUCGGUCGUGACUGACGAUUGAUUGCGUGACCACGGGUGACUGGGGAAAAAAAGCGUGAGUGUGUGACCGUAUCUUGUCAUUUUUAUUCUUUGUAUUUCUACUUCCACGUUUAACAUCACAGUUUUUUCUCUCUCUCUCUAUUUGUAGUAGUUGUGUAAAUAGUCACGCAGAUCUGAAGUGUUGAUAGUUAUCACAACUUAUUUGCAGCUUGCAUUUUAUUUAUAGCUUCCAUUUAUGAGUUAUAUGUUUCCACGACCGUGGCAUGUUCAUUCAGCGUACACGGACUGUUUUUGAAUUUAAUUGAAUUGGUUUUGCGAGUAAAGAUAAAAUAGACUAUUUUUGUAGAUGUUGGUCCGGGAGUAAAGCUGAGCCGAGUACCUUUCUGUUCACUCCAGUGUUGUACCGGACGAUCGAGAACUUUACUAUUCAGGUGACAGCUUGAUAGUUAUCAGAAGCUGAAACUUACGUUACAUUGCUCACAUUUUAACAAUGAAACUGUUUAAUCCAGCUAGACCUAAAAAUAUAUCAGAUAAUACUAGUUGACUAGUUUUUGUGAGUUACCAUUGAUAAGUGCUAAUUAAAGAGCUAAGGAAAGCUAGCAAUGAUACUAAGGGAAUGAAUUAUUAUUUUUUUUUCUUCUAUAAGGAAUACGCAUGUGUUAUCAAUGUUGUUCACUAGAGAUGUUUCUGGCUAUGCUACCCCCUUCCCUUGCUCCAUCCCAGGAACAUGAAUGUUUCCAAUCGACGUCCUCUUUAAAAGUUGUUAUUACACUGCAUGCAGAGUAAGUCUUAAAUUAUUUUUCUCCCUUGCAUGUUAACACUAUUUGUGUACAUUUAAAAAUUAUAUUGUAGAAACUGAAACUAAAUUAAAAAUUUGCAUGUGUGAAAAUAAGUUUAAAAUAUUACAUGAGAUACAACAAUUUCCUUGUGCAUUUGUGGUAUUUUUAUAUACUUGGUACCUCUGCGUUGUUUCGGGAGAGUCUACAUGAUGUGACAAUCGACGUUGUUGUAGUUGAUUUUCAGAUUCUAAUGUUUCAUCCCAUUUUUAAUAGUGUUUCAUUUUGGCACACUCGAUGUUGAAGAGAAUAGUGUUCAUCGUGUUGGUAUAUUGUAUGUUGUGUUACUAUUGGUGUUCCGAAAUUGAGUAAAAUUGUGAAACAUGAAUCAAUUUAUCAAUACUGUGGUUGAUGUGUAACAUAAAUAAAUUUGAAAAAAAAAAUUAAACUUUUCAUGUACUUCAUAAGAGCAGAUUAGGGUUUGGAUGCUAAAAAUUUUAACUCUUGAGAUGUUUGUGUUGUGUUAAAAUAAUUCCUCUUUCAUGAUGUUUUUUUUUUUUUUUUAAAUAUAUUGUUCAAAUUAAAAUGUCAUAUGAACUGCCAGUAAUUAUAAUUCUCACUUCUACACUUUAUUAAAUCUUCGUACAGAAGAAAUAAUUUAAGUGAUAAUGUGAUAUUUUAUGAUGUUCAACGACAUUCAGAUACUUCAAUCAAAUUUUCAAGUUCAUAUAUGUAUUUUUUUUUUAAUCCUUUGACUUUAUUUUAUUUUUUUUCAAUACUUCUAAUGUCAAAUUUGACAUGAAAACUGUUUUUAGAACACAAAUUAAUGUGCUUGCUUUUUUUUUUUGCUGCUUUAUACAAACAUUGAACAAUUUUUUGUUUUCUUUUAAAAUAAAAUAUUUAGCAAAAAAAAAAAAAGAUAAAAUCAAGUGAGGACAUCUUUCCUGUAGUAGAGCAACAUCUAAUCAGCAGCCUUCGUAAUUUAAAUGGUUAUUGCACUUUUUAAAUCUAACAGAAGCCAUGUAUGUAUGUAUUUUAUAGGGAGAAAAAAGAAUCUUUUUGAAAUUUUAUGAAAACUUUCUGAAAAAUUGUGCUUGACGCCAUAUAAUUCCCAAGGAAUCUUACUUAGGAUUUUUAUCAAUUUGCUUGCAGAAAAAUUUAUAGCUAUAAAUUUUGUCAUUAGUAAACUAAUGAUAAUCUUCAAUGAUUUGCUAAAUAAAUAAGGGGACCCCCCCCUUCUAGUUAAUCAGUUUAUAAUUUGAAGAUACUGCAAUACAUAUGGAAGCUUGAAUAAAUAAAAUGGUAAAUUGAUGUGGUGGUUAUAUAGUGCUCACCCUCUUGAUCACGAUUUUUAUAAAACUUCUUUGUGCAGUGAAUUUUUGUAUCUGUUUGGUUUUGUGAUGCUGUAAAUAUGAACCAAAUACAAUUUCUGCAACUGUAAGUUGCAGCAGUUGUAAAGAAUUUUUUUAGUUAGAAAGGGUUAUUUUUGAAGUAAGACCACUGUUAAUUUUUUUUUUUUUGAAAAAAAAAUUCAUAACUUUUGUGUGUUGUACUUACAGAUAGUAAUUUUUUUGAAAGUGGCUAUAGCAUAUUUUGGAGAGUUAUGAUUGAUGUCUUGCUAGUUGACAGCAAUCAUGCAUAGCUCACAGUGUAAAAAAUUGCCAUGACUUGCAAAAUAUGCUUCUAUGUGCCUAAUUGAACAUUUAUAUUUUUCUGUUCAGUUGUAUUUUGUGAUCAUGACUUUUUGUGAUUCAGUGGCAUAUUUAUUGCUUGCUGAUAAGGUGCAAAAUGCAGUAUAAAGUUAGAGUAUGUAAUAAAUAAGCUAUCGUUAACAUUCAGAGUGUAAAAAGAUGAAUGAUGUGUGAUUCGGGAAAAACGAUUAAUGAGGCCUAAUUUGACAAUGAAAGAUUACGUAUCAUCUAGUCCGUAUGGUAGACCAUAGUAUGACGUAUAUUCACGUUUUUCUCCUGCAUUGUUUGUUGAGAUACUUGUAGGUGUUGUCUUACUUAAAGAAAACUUCUCAACUGUGAAUGACAUGCUCAUAUUGUUAUUGUCCUAUGUGAUUAAAUUCUGUAGAGAGGCAAUCAUUUCUGAUAAAUUAGUAUAUAAAAGAGAGAAUAAAUCAAUAAAAAAUUUCACAUGUUUACUAAAGGGAAGGGACUGAAUACAUACAAAUUUUCUGAUGAAUCUUGAUUAAUUUUUUAAAGCAAGAAAUGCAUUUUUCAUUUUUUUUUUGUAAUAAAUUAAUUCAUUGUUUUUCUAACAGCAAUUACUUUUAAAAAAAUUUGAAUGUUUGUGCAAGUUUUGAAUUUUCACUUCAAGGCUUUCUCAAUAAAUGUUUUGUGACAUUGCCAGGGAGUGAAUUCCAAUAAAAUAUAGCACAAAAAAUACUGAGUAAGGAGCACAUUUUUGCUUUAAAGGAACACAUGUUUCAGUGUAAAUGUGAUGUUAUGCACUCAUUUUGAUUGUUAAUAUGUGUUUUUUCUGACAGCAAAAUUUUAAUUUUGUAUUUUUACUGAAUGUGGUUACUUGCUAUGUAGCAGUUGUAUUUGUCAGGUUUCCAAAUACUUUCUUAUAUUAUUGGAACUGUUAACUUUCUUAUUGUGGAUUUCCAGUGUAAUUUUGUCGAAGUGUAUUCUGUGUAAUGCAAAACAUAAUCUUUGGGAAGGAAAAAACAAAUCAUUAUUUGUAAGAAAUUGCCUUCAAUAAAUUCAAGUGUUACAUUAAA